CAUAAAAGAAGUCGUAACAUAUUUUUUCACAUUUCUUUACAGAGGAAGAUGUGAUAAAAUAUUUCCAAACAGCGUCUGUGUGCAACUUAAAAAGACUGCAAGUGAUCCAUGUGAUGCAAGCAGUAAACCUAAGGAAUUGCUUAAUCUUUUAGCUCAACAAGAAAGCAUGGCAAUGGUCUUGAUAGAUAGCAAGAUAGAUUCUAUGGACGAAGCGACGCAACAAGAAGCGGCUAAAAAGGUGGUAGCUCUUGUCGAAAAAGAAUUGUUUGGAGAAGGAUUUCAAGGUGAAGUGAUUUUUGGAGCUGGUAAAUUUACAUCCCUUCCAUACAUCACAGCAAUUUCAAAAGAGAAUUCCGACAAUAAGGACAAGAUCCAUUUCACAAUUGAUCAAGAAGAUAUGGCACAGACAAAAUCAAAGCUUGAUGUCUUGGAAAACAAAAAUAUUGUUUAUAACGUUGGAGAAAGUACCUGUUCACCAAGGAAUGUAGCAAACAAGAAGUUGUCGCAUUUAGCAGCAUUAAACAAAGUGAAAGGUGUCUGGGGGAUGACAUACACUUGGAGCGUGGACAAACACUCUACUCUUGAUUGGUACACAAAUUAUUUCACAGGCAUAAUUACAAAUUACCCUGGCAUACUGGCAGAUAUCGUAAAAAACAAAAAAAUAAGACUGGCUGCACCAUCUGAUAUUAUUCCACCCGCAUUAUCAAGUGAGACAGUGACAUCUAACAGCAACUACGAAUCAUGUGAUUGUGAUUACGCUUCCAGUGGUUGCAAGAUCGUGAAAAAAGCACCAAAAGGAAUGGCGUGCCAAUGUGACAAUUACAUUUUUCGUGCGUGUCAGGGAUGGGUUGUAAUGUGCAGUGAUAGGAACACAGACACGUGCAAAAAUCCAAACAAAUCGAAACAAUCAUGCUUAGAAGGAAGAGGAGAUUGUGAAGGAUAUUAGAACUAUCGCUAUCGUGAACAGAGAUGUAUUUUUGUUAGAAUAAAGAUUGCUUCGACUUAAAUAUAUAUAUAUUUUUUGACUUUGUGUCCUCUCCUCUAUAAAAAGAUUGAAAUACAGUACAAAUUAGAAAAAUUUG